UCAACCAAAAAUACCUAAGUGGAACACAUCCCUUCCUGUCACAUCCACAGCUUUUUGAAGAUGUUGCAGUUGAGAGUCUUCUGUGCCCUGCUGUGCUUCAGCAUCACUUGGGCAGCAGAAGGUGAUGGCUCCUUUACAGAGCUUGGAGGAGGAGUACGUGGCCCAAGAAUAGUGGAGCAUAAAGCCCAGUCUGACUGCAAAUCUGAAAAGAGUUGGCCAGUAUGCUCUGAUGACGAAUGGGGCACUAAAUGUCCUUCAGGAUGCCGGAUGCAGGGACUGAUAGACGAAACAGACCAGGAUUUUGCUGACAGGAUAAACAAAAUUAAGAAACUGCUUGCGGAUAAUCAAAACAGCUACAAGACAUCAAACAUUAUUAAACAGGAAAUCAAUGGCUAUCUGGAUAGAAAUUUGGCCAGUGAGCAACAAAUUGAUGAUAACUAUGGCCAAAUAUCUGACGAUUUGAGAAGGAGACUUGUGACGCUGAAGCAGAGAGUCGCUGACCAAGUUAGCCGGAUUAAAGUGCUGCAGAACACCAUCCGGAACCAAGUUGUGGAGAUGAAGCGUUUAGAGGUGGACAUUGAUAUUAAGGUGCGUUCCUGCAAAGGGUCCUGCUCUCGAGCUGUCAGCUACAAUGUGGACACCGAUAGCUAUGACAAGAUACAGAAGCUGCUUUUACAAGCCAGUUCCAUCAACUUGCAGCCGGCAUAUCAAGCUGCUCCCUUGAGGGUACUGAAAAUGAGACCUCUGAAGGAUUCCACUGUCCCUAGCCAUUUUAAAACGGCUCCUCUGUCGGAACAAGAAGCAGGCAUCAUUAAUCGUAUCAAACUGGUUGAAGUCGUAUUGGAAGAUUCAGAGGCUGCUGGACAACCACACACUAGCAAGUUAGUCACUCCUGGUUUUGGAGGGGAUACCUCUGGCAGAGGCGAUACCUCUAGUAGUUUGAAAAUAGUCGGUCCUUCUGAGUCUCGUCUCUCCCGUACAUGCGUCAAAACCAUCACUAGAAAAGUGAUCAGAGGUCCUGAAGGUCCCAGAGAAGAGGUUGUUGAAGAGUAUAAAACAUCUGAUGGCUUAGACUGUUUUCAUUCUAAAGAUUUAACCAGAGAAGCAGGAGGCACCACCCACACAAGAGUGACCACUGGGACUGGUGGAAGUGGCUCCUCUGACUUUUCUACCCUGCCUCUGAAUGCAAAAGAGUUUUUCACCUCAGGUUCUGGUGGCAGAAUCCAUAGCACAGGGACUGGCACCCACACAUCGACCUUUGAAGGACGCGACAUUUUCUCUGACCUUGGGGAGGGAGAAACCGACGACUUCUCCAUCUUUGACCAGCCCUCCCCCGACUUCCAUUCUCAUACAAGUGGCAGCACAUCCCAUUCCAGGACGGUGUCCGGCAGCAGCAGCAGCAGCAGCAGCAGCAGUUCUAGUGGCUUCAACAAAGGGGGCUCCACUUUCGAAACCAAGUCAAUAAAAAUCCCAUCAGUUGAGCUGCAACAUGACGAGAGUGGAGAAGACAGACCUGAUUUUCAUGCACGCAGCUUGAGUGCAGGAGGAGUGAAGCAGGGAGAAAGCUACACCGGGACAGACUGUGAGGAUAUCCACCAGAAACACACUUCUGGUGCCCAAAGUGGCAUUUUCAGAAUCAAGCCAGCAGGAACCACUAAGGUUUUUUCAGUUUAUUGCGACCAAGAGACCACUUUGGGAGGAUGGCUUCUGAUCCAACAGAGAUUGGAUGGGGCGCUGAAUUUUAACCGGACCUGGGAAGACUACAAGAAUGGUUUUGGCAGCGUGGAUGGGAAAGGAGAGUUCUGGUUGGGCAAUGAAAAUCUCCAUCUCCUGACCCAGAGGGACACUGUCCUUCGAGUCGAAGUAGAGGACUGGGAGGGCAAUAAAGGUUAUGCAGAAUAUAACAUACACAUAAGCUCUGAAGAAGAAGGCUAUAGGCUCAGUGUCUCUGAUUAUGAGGGGACAGCAGGUGAUGCUCUUAUCAGGGGUUCAGAGGAAGAUGGGGUUGAAUACACCACUCACAAUAACAUGAAAUUUAGUACUUUUGAUAGAGACAAUGACCAAUGGGAGGAGAACUGUGCUGAGAUAUAUGGAGGUGGCUGGUGGUACAAUAAUUGCCAAGCUGCUAAUCUCAAUGGGAUUUACUACUCAGGAGGUCAGUAUGACCCAAGGAACAACGCUCCCUAUGAGAUUGAAAAUGGGGUGGUCUGGGUGCCCUUCAAGCCCUCUGAUUACUCUCUCAAAGUUGUUAGAUUGAAAAUUCGGCCUAUAGAGACACUCUAGAUAUCAAAGCAGCAAGAACAAGAACUUCCAAAAUUAUAUAUACCUCAACAUUAUGUAGUGUAUGUCUGAUUGUGUGUGCAUUUUUUUUUAUUAUCCAAAACAACUGAAUGCAGCUGCCUAUAAAAUAAAUGGGUUCACUCAAAAAUA